AUGUUUAGUAUUCUAGGAAAAGAAGGUGAAGUUAGCAGACAGGCCAAAGCAAAGCUGGCAAUUUUUAGAAUUCAUCAUUUGACUUAUGAGAACAUUGAUCAGCAUGGCAACUGUGAUCUCCUAUGUUCAACUCAUCACUUUGGUAGAAUGGUUUGGUAUUUGGGUAGUAAAAUACGAAUUGAUGGAUUAAUAAUAGAUAUGAUUCUGAGAGGUUUAAUACAUGAUGCAGAAAGUGCAGUUGAAUUGUAUCACAUGAUGUAUUCUCAGUUCCAGUCGGUAAAGGAGGCUACUGUACAGCAAGCUAGUAGAAUUGACCUGCUUAAGGUGUAUGCCAGGACAGAAUCCAAGCAGUCCAGAUAUAUUGAACGUGCACUUCAAGCAUACCACCAAAUUUCUGUGCAAACUUCAGGCUAA